AUGGAGGCCAUUCAGACCCACCCUUCCAAUGCGGCACAGGCUAAGGCCUUCACUGCUCCCGGGUCCCUUUCGUUCCCCGGUGGUGCUGGCGAGCUCACGCCCCCUUCCACUGCCGGCGACAAAGGACCAGCAAUGAAUGGCGGUCACCAGCUAGGCUCUCAAGCCUCUAACGGCACUGGGGUGAUUCCCGCGACUCCUGCUGCGACUCCUGCUGCCACGCAGGGAGGAAGUGGUCUGACACCUACUUUGCAGAACAUCGUUGCCACCGUCAACUUGGAUUGUCGCUUGGAUCUGAAGACGAUUGCCCUGCAUGCGAGGAAUGCUGAAUACAAUCCGAAGCGUUUCGCGGCCGUCAUCAUGCGCAUUCGCGAGCCCAAGACAACUGCCCUCAUCUUCGCCUCGGGCAAGAUGGUCGUUACCGGUGCCAAGUCCGAAGACGAUUCGAAGCUCGCUUCCCGCAAGUACGCGCGUAUCAUCCAGAAGCUCGGCUUCAACGCCAAGUUCACGGAUUUCAAGAUCCAGAAUAUUGUCGGAUCUUGCGAUAUCAAGUUCCCCAUCCGCCUCGAGGGACUGGCGUCCAAGCAUCACAACUUCAGCUCCUACGAACCCGAGUUAUUCCCUGGUCUCAUCUACCGCAUGAUCAAGCCUAAGAUUGUGCUUUUGAUCUUUGUCAGCGGCAAGAUCGUCCUCACUGGCGCCAAGGUGAGGGAGGAGAUCUAUCAAGCCUUCGAGAUGAUCUACCCCGUGCUGCAAGACUUCCGGAAGAUGUAA